UCUCUCCCUCUAUCUUCACACGCACACACACACACACACGCACACACACACAUGCUCAUGCACGCAGACGGCAACUUUCCUCUAUCGGACUGACAUUACGCACACACGCGCCGGGAUUGACACACUCCCCCCGCGACAGUGGAGAAGAGGAUAACGAGUGACAGAGCAGGACCAAAAACCAAAUACAGAGGCAGAGAUUCCCAGGUGAAGAGGAGGAUCGCGCCGACACUUCGUCCCGUCCGAGAUGGCCAACCUUGUGACAUCGCUGUGCUGUGUGGUUCUGGCCGCCGUGGUGGUAGCCUACGCUCAGAGGCGCAGUCAGCUGGUUGCCAGGAACCAGUAUGAGCGGAUGGGCGGCGACGUCACCAUGCAGUGCGGCUCCCUGGACAACGACGCGUCGGUGUCGUGGAAGGUGAACGGGACAGAUGUGAAGGCCCAGCACCGUCUAGAAGGUCCCAGACUGAUCCUGACCCAGGUGGAUCUGGGCCACAACGGGCUCUACAGCUGCUUCCAGAACCCCCACGGAGAGAGACGCGACACCAUCUUCCUCCACAUCGGCAUUCCUCCUCGGGAGCCCACGGUCACCUGUCGGUCCAACACCUACCCCAAAGGCUUCUACUGCAGCUGGCACCAGCUGCACCCCACCUACAUCCCCACCACCUUCGAAGUGGACGUACAACACAACCAGCGCCUGCUGGAUGUGCAGAAGGACGCAGUCCACAAGAAUCGCUGUCAUGUGCGCUUUCCAGAGGUCUUCUCCAGCUUCCCCUACAAAGUCAACGUGACAGCAGUCAACGCCUUGGGCAAAGCGUUCACCACCAUCUCGUUUGAGGAGUCCAGUAUAGUAAAACCAGACCCGCCGGAGCGUGUCACGGCGACCCCGAUUCGCUUCAACCUUCGGAGGCUGGAGGUGUCCUGGCACAGCCCGGCCACCUGGCCCGACAUAGACAACUUCCCCCUGAAGUACUUCCUUCGAUACCGGCCGCUCAUCCGAGAGCAGUGGCAGCAUGUGGAGCUGUCUGACAGCACUUCCCAUACCAUCACCGAUGCCUACGCUGGGAAGGAGUACAUCAUCCAGGUGGCUGCCAAGGACACGGAGAUUGGAACGUGGAGCGACUGGAGCGUUGCCGUCCACGCUACGCCGUGGAUUGAAGAUCCUUUGCCAAUCACCUCCACGACUGAAGUGGACUUUACUACCGAGGCCAAGACGUCCCCGCUACCGUCCUCCAACGCGCCACAGAAGGCUGAAGCUCCAGUGGGCGGAGCUGCCGGGGUCCUCACGUUCUGCUCCCCUCUGCUGUUAGGAAUGCUGCUGCCGUUCAUGUGAUGUAGAUGUCUUAUUCCUGAAGGCUGACGAGGAGCAAGAAGAGGAGGAGGAGGAGGAGGAGGAGGAGGCUGGUAUUUUUUCUAUUUUGCACAUGUUUCGAGGAUACAGUGCAUUGAUCAUUUCUGUCCAUCACACAGUUACUCACCAAAAUUACUUAGACGUGAAAUCAGACGAUGAUAAAUGCGACUCAGCAUUUUUUUGAUUAACGGUGACAGAGGAAAUUCUUCAGAGGAACUUUUGAAAACGGCAUCACCAUCAUCACCUUCACCGUCCACAACAACAGCAGCAACAGGAGCCGCAACAACAACAACAACAACAACAACAGCAGCGGUGACAUCACCAUCAACAGUCUUCUAUCGCCCCCUGGUGGCCUCGGCGAGCCACAGCAGACUGAUUUGGUUCAGUUUGGUUUCGGGAAGCUCCUCUUCCGAGCAAGAAGAUCGAGUCCUCAGAGUGACAAACGACAUCUCUUCGUUACCUUGUUUUUGUUAUUUUAUUCAUUAAUUGAUAGUCUUACUUUUCACUCUCUUCUAUAAUCGCAGCGCUGUACACACACACACACACACACACACACACACACACACACACACACACACACGUAGGGCAGGUGUGUGUGUGUGUGUGUGUGUGUCACAGUAGCGGCCCUUAUACAGCUUAAUCAUCAUGCCAAAGACUCAACUUUACACCCCAAAACUAAGUGGUUUCCCAAACAAUUCAUGAAGCUUUUCUCUUGAAAGCCUGUGCCUGUCUUCAUCGUGGGGUGGGAGAGAAAUCCCAGAAGAAAAAGUUGAAUGUGCGUUUGUGACACAACAACUGAUGGAAGUGGAAAGUUGGAGAUCUUAAGGAACCCUGCAGCUGCUGUUUGUGCAAACCCACCAGUUAGCAAAGAGCCACAACAAAACAAUCAGACUCUGACUCCGCCUCCAGCCGCCCAACGCAACGGAUGGAGCCUGUUUUUGUUUGUUUGUUUCGAGGACUAACACUCUGGAGACUUCAGUACCGUAGUCGGGCCUAUUUAGACAGGUAGCUUUACAUUGUGCUUUCAGCGACGGGGAAGGAGGACCUGGAUUGUAAAAAAACACAAAUAAAUAAAUACAAAUAAAAAUCAAACAAAGUGGAUUUGAGACUGAACAGUUCUUUGCCCACCGUUUGUUUCCUGGUUUGACUUGUGUCGACAGCCACAGGUGGUUCCUGAAACGUUGGGUUUAGUUCUUUCCUUUUGUUUAGUUUGUGUCCAUCUGCUCUGUGCUGUAAAAGACACCAGACCAGUUUGCUUUCUCCAAAUUCUGACGCCUUUACAAACAUUUAAAAUGUCUCUUUUUUUGCAGUUUACAUUUCAGUAGCCAGUAUCACCAGUUAAUAUUAUGUUACUCAAAGGAAUAUCGAUGUGUUUAUUGUACUUUUGAUUUUUGAUUUUAUGGACAGAUAAUAAAAAGACGCAUUUAGGGUUUUAGGUUAUUUUUGUUCCUUUUUUUUGUUUCUUUUCAGACAUUCAUAAUGGCUUAAUUCUCCUUGAUCCUAUUUUGUAAACUAUGAUAUGUAACUUUAACAUUGAACAAAAGUUUAUUAUUUAAUAAUAAUAAUAAUGUAUGUAUUAGCAGUAGAAUGUCGUAACCUGUACCUGGGGUCUUUUUUAUAGAUGUAUAUACAAUGACAGGUUUCAACCAUUAAAUGUGACCAUUUCACAAUGAA